AUAAUAAUAUUCACCUAGAUUGAAACAUAUAUGUUUAAGUGACAUUUCAACCACAAUCGAGUGUUAAGGACACCCGCAACGAAAAGGGAGCCAGAUGUGUGCUAUUUGAAACGGAAGAAUAACCGCCCAAAACUCACGUAACUUCGUAUUUAUUCAAACAAUUCAUGCGAAUGACGCCGCACAACCAAUGCCUAAAGAUAAUCAACAACGCAGUUUUUGCCGUCUAGGACAUAAUCAACGACUAAAUGUGAAUCAUCAACCAACCACAUCGAGCACGGUGCCUAAUCAGUUUUCCUAGAACAACGACUUUGUAAACUGCUACACUGGGAAUACAUUGAUUAUUAUCCGGUACAGUUUCCAACAAAAGCAGCAAUUAUAUCGUGGUACCCUUAGACAAUCAAUUCCUAGAGCCAAAAUCAAAAGAACCAUUAGAUAAUUAAAUUUGAUAACUAACUGCCUAUAAAAAAAAACCCAAAACAAAAAAGACAACAGAACACUGCCAAUUAUCAACUGACAAUACAACAACUGAACAGGCGCAAAAAUGGGCCGCAAAAUAACCGUGGCGGUAACAACGCUAAACCAAUGGGCUCUGGACUUUGAGGGAAAUAUGGCCCGAAUAAUGCAGUCCAUAUUGGAGGCCAAGGAUAUGGGUGCCAGCUACCGAACUGGUCCCGAGCUGGAGGUGUGUGGCUACAGCUGUGAGGAUCACUUUCUGGAGCCCGAUACGUUUCUGCACUCAUGGGAGACGCUCUUGGAGAUCAUGAUGUCACCAUUUUGCGAGAAUAUGCUCGUCGACGUGGGCAUGCCAGUGAUGCAUCAGAAUGUCGCCUACAAUUGCCGUGUCGUGUUCUUCAACCGGCAGCUGCUGUUGAUCCGGCCCAAGAUGGCUAUGUGCGACGAUGGCAAUUAUCGGGAGUCGCGCUGGUUUACUGCCUGGACGAAAGCGCUACAAGUGGAAGACUACUAUCUGCCGCGGUUAGUCACACAGCAUACGGGUCAGGAGACGGUGCCAUUUGGCGAUGCUGUAAUCGCGACACGUGACACUUGCAUUGGCUACGAAAUCUGCGAGGAGCUGUGGAAUGUGCGCAGCAAACACAUUGAGAUGUCCCUAGCGGGCGUUGAGAUAAUUGUCAAUGGCUCCGGUAGUUAUAUGGAACUGCGCAAAGCCCACAUUACCAACGAUCUGAUCCGGAAUGCAAGCUUCAAGGCCGGCGGUGCAUAUCUCUUUAGCAAUUUGCGUGGCUGCGAUGGCCAGCGAGUGUAUUUCAAUGGUUGCUCAGCAAUUGCGCUCAACGGUGAGAUAUUGGCGCGUGGCAAACAAUUUGCAUUGCAAGACGUUGAGGUCACGCUGGCCACCAUCGAUCUGGAGGAGAUUCGGUCGUAUCGUGUGAGUCUACGUUCGCGUUGCUCGAUAGCCGCUGGUGCACUGGCAUAUCCCCGUAUUCGUUGCGACUUUGAGAUGUCCACGCACAAUGAUAUAUUUAAGACAUCGACGGCACCGAUACAGGUCCCGAGUCAUACGCCCGAAGAGGAGAUCGCACUGGGACCCGCCUGCUGGUUGUGGGACUAUCUGCGUCGAUCCGGCCAGGGUGGCUAUUUUCUGCCGCUCAGCGGUGGUGUCGAUUCCAGCAGCUCGGCGACCAUUGUACACUCCAUGUGUCGUCAGAUUGUGCACGCUGUGCAGCUUGGCGAUGCGCAGGUUCUGUAUGAUAUACGUAAAAUCCUCGCCGACACGGACUAUACGCCAGAUAAUCCAGCAGCUUUGUGCAAUCGCCUGCUGGUCACUUGUUUUAUGGGCAGCGUCAACAGCAGCAAGGAGACGAGACGUCGUGCAUCCCAAUUGGCCAGCCAACUAGGCAGCUAUCACAUUGAGAUCAGCAUUGAUUCGGCCGUGAAUGCACUGCUGGGCAUAUUCAAUGCAGUUACUGGCCUAACGCCAGUCUUUCGCACCCAGGGUGGCUGUGCCAGGCAGAAUCUGGCAUUGCAAAAUAUUCAGUCACGCAUACGCAUGGUGCUCGCUUAUAUCUUUGCCCAAUUGAUGUUGUGGGUGCGCAAUCGACCUGGUGGUCUGCUGGUGCUCGGUUCCGCAAAUGUGGAUGAAUCGCUGCGUGGAUAUAUGACCAAGUAUGACUGCUCAUCGGCUGAUAUCAAUCCCAUUGGUGGCAUUUCCAAGUCGGAUCUGCGACGUUUCCUGGCCUAUGCCAAGGACAAAUAUAAUUUGCCAGUUUUGGAGUCAAUUAUCGAGGCACCGCCCACCGCCGAACUGGAACCGUUGCAGGAGAACGGAGAACUGGUGCAAACCGAUGAACAAGAUAUGGGCAUGAGCUAUGCCGAAUUGAGUCAAUAUGGACGAUUGCGUAAACAAUUCUUUUGCGGACCCUACAGCAUGUUCUGCAAACUAAUGGCCACCUGGAAGGGCGAUCUGACGCCCAAGGAGGUGGCCGAUAAGGUGAAGCAUUUCUUUCGCUGUUACGCCAUUAAUCGGCAUAAAAUGACCGUACUGACACCGUCGGUCCAUGCCGAAAGCUAUAGUCCCGAUGACAAUCGUUUCGAUCAUCGCCCGUUCCUCUAUCGGGCCAACUGGAGUUGGCAGUUCAAGGCCAUCGAUGAUGAGAUCGAUAAGUUGCAGCCCAUCUACACGCCCUCCUCAACACAGUUGAGGCCGAACAGCGACGACCUGCUGCUCUCGCAUGACAUCAGUACGCAGCGUUCCUCGCAUAUGGAUGACUCCAAGCACUCGUCGCCGCUGUCGUGUGCGUCUCUCGAUGUUGGUGUUAGCACGGCUGGACUGCCCCAUAUGGAUAUGCCACCUGCAUUGGGCAAAAAGCCAAGCGGCUACUCCAAGGUGCAUGUGAAUGUGCUUGGCAAGAUUAAGGAUCGCACUGGUAUACCCGUCUAAGAUUGUUUUCGAUCGUUGCAUAACUCCUGUGCCGGUUAGCACAUUAAGUGUCUUAUAUCCGUAUCGUUCAUUUUUUUUUGUCUAAAAACUGUUAGAUAUUAUUUGUUUUUUUUUUAUUAUUAGAUAUACAAUUGUAAACUUUAGAUACAUUUGCCAUAUAAGCGGAUAUUUACCAAAAUACUGUUGUAAACGCCGCUUAUAUAAGACCAUUGGAUAAGAUUAGAUUUCUAGUCAUAGUCGUAGUGCAUCUUCAUUAAAUUUUUAAUAGAAAUGUCUACAUGCAUUCAUAGUACAAGCAAGCAAACCUAGUGCCCUUAUUUCAUUAGCAAUUAGAAAAGCUUUCAUACAAAAAGAUUGAUAAAAAAAACUGUACGAAUUAUGACUAAUGUGCUUAAUCCAAAUUUUGAAAUAAACUUUAUCUGAAUA